AUGCGACGGGUGCAACAUCUGGGUCCACAGGAAAUGUCCGUGAAGAACAAAAUGCUGGAGUUCCGGGUGCUCACUGAGUCCCGCCCCAACACCAUAUUCGCCUUGUGUGAGACUUGGCUGGACAACUCCAUUUACGACAGCCAGCUCGUCGACCUGACACGGUUUAAAGUCUACAGGAAAGAUCGUAACAGGUCUGGUGGUGGAGUUCUCGUCGCCAUACCGUCGUCAAUCACAUGCACUAGAAGACACGACCUAGACCGGAACGACCUCGAGGCCAUUUUUGUGGACCUUCAUUCAAAACAGGACCUUCUACAUCUCUGUGUUGCGUACUGUCCCCCCAGCAAGAAAACAGAAAGCUACGAUUUGUUACAGUCGUCGCUGUCCUCCGUUACCCUCUCAAAGAAGAAGUACUCCAACGUGCUAGUUGUCGGAGACUUCAAUGCGCACAUUAAUUGGUCAGACUUAAGCUCUCCCAAGCCCACAGGACCAUCUGACACUGUCCUCCUCGACCACAUAGAAACACUCGGACUUACCCAAGUAUGCAGCGAGCCAACUUACGUCACCACCAAUAACCAAGUUUCUUUCCUCGACCUCAUGUUCGUCUCUAACCCCACACUCGUCUCAAAUUGUUUCACAGAACCCAGCCUCACGGGCUCUGACCACAAAGCAUUGACUGCGACCACAUACCAUCAUUUGCCUAAAUCCGGUCCUCAUGGCAGUCGCCUCCAUAACUUUGCAAGAUUGGACACCAACCACCUGAAUUCGCUUAUACACCUCGCCCCUUGGGGCAUGGUGUUCCAAAACAACCAUGAAGACCCAUAUGACAUAUGGCUCGACUUUAUGCACGCCAUCGAAGCUGAAUGCGUCCCCUCCAGAAAAAGCCGAAACAAACCCCGAGCGCCCUGGAUAACAAAGGAGAUACUGCUCCAAGCCCGACGGAAGCGUCAGCUGUUCGCACAAGCAAAGCGAAACAGCUGUCCCUUUACACUUGAGGCAGCCCGCACCCUCCAGAGAAACCUGAAAAAACAGAUAAGAAAGUCUCACCAAGAUUAUGCUUUGGACAUGGCACAACGGGCUGUAAGGGAUCCAAAGAUAUUUUGGGCCUAUGUAAGGCGUAACAAACAGAACACGUCUGCUCUAAACAUAUGCCAGGACGGCAAGGCUCUGAGCGACUUGGAGACUGCGGAACUUUUUAGCAAGCACUUCGCCGCAGCAUGGACACCACCCUGCAGCCUCUCAUCACAACCAGAAACUUGCCCAUCAUCAUCGCAGUCGGCCUCCUCGCCCCGCUUAGCCAGUAUCCUUAUCAACGAGGAUGAUGUCAAGGAGGCUCUCACCCGACUGAGUCCUUCACAGUCGCCCGGUCCUGACGGCAUCCACCCUGCGCUCCUUAAAGCAUCUGGUCAACAACUAGCCCCAUUACUGGCCCGACUGUUCCAGCAGCUCUUGGACACUGGCAUGGCUUUCGCCCUGGUCGAAGCUGUGAAACUGCCCUGCUCACUGCUGUUCACCAGAUCAGUGACAGCCUGGACAACUCCACGCCAUGCGAACUGGUACAGCUCGAUUUUACCAAAGCGUUUGAUAAAGUAG